AUGAACAGCAGUGGACCAGCAUAUCCUCUUGCUUCUCUGUAUGUUGGGGACCUGCACCCUGAUGUCACAGAGGCAAUGCUUUACCAGAAGUUUUCUCCCGCUGGGCCAAUCAUGUCGAUCCGUGUGUGCCGGGACAUCAUCACCCGCAGAUCUCUGGGAUAUGCCUACGUAAACUUCCAGCAACCUGCUGAUGCGGAGUGUGCCCUGGAUACGAUGAACUACGAUGUCAUCAAAGGUCGGCCAAUCAGAAUAAUGUGGUCUCAACGCGACCCAGGACUCAGGAAAUCUGGUGUGGGUAACAUCUUUAUCAAGAACAUGGAUGAGUCUAUUGACAACAAAGCACUGUAUGACACCUUCUCAGCCUUUGGAAAUAUUUUGUCCUGUAAGGUUGUUUGUGAUGAAAAAGGAUCCAAAGGCUAUGGAUUUGUUCAUUUUGAGACUCAAGAGGCUGCAAACCGGGCCAUUGAAACAAUGAAUGGGAUGCUACUGAAUGAUAGGAAAGUAUUUGUUGGCCACUUUAAGUCACGCAAGGAAAGAGAGGUGGAGUUUGGCAGUAAGGCUAUGAAGUUCACCAAUGUCUACAUCAAGAAUUUUGGUGAAGACUUCACUGAUGAGAAACUAAAGGAAGUUUUCUCUGCAUUUGGGAGAACUCUCAGUGUACGGGUCAUGAAGGAUGAGAAAGGCCGUUCAAGAGGAUUUGGAUUUGUAAACUAUGCUCAUCAUGAAGAUGCCCAGAAGGCUGUUAAUGAAAUGAAUGGAAAGGAGAUCAAUGGGAAAAUCCUCUAUGUAGGGCGGGCUCAGAAGCGUCUUGAGCGCCAGGGAGAGCUCAAACGCAAGUUUGACCAAAUCAAACAGGACCGCAUCCAGCGCUAUCAGGGGGUGAAUCUGUAUGUGAAGAACUUGGACGACAGCAUCGACGAUGAGAGACUUCGGAAGGAGUUUGCUCCUUAUGGCACCAUCACCAGUGCAAAGGUGAUGACAGAUGGCUCCCAAAGCAAAGGCUUUGGUUUUGUCUGUUUCUCUUCCCCUGAGGAGGCAACAAAAGCAGUGACUGAAAUGAAUGGGAGAAUUGUUGCAACCAAGCCACUGUAUGUGGCUCUGGCUCAGCGGAGAGAGGAGCGUAAAGCAAUUCUAACAAAUAAGUACAUGCAAAGACUUGCUACUCUGAGAACCAUGGCCAGCCCGCUAAUUGACUCAUACCAUCAGUCUGGAUAUUAUGUCACAUUACCACAGCCUCCCACGCGCUCCUUUUACAACCACACUGCUGUCAGCAGUGUGAGACCAGUCCCUCGCUGGACAGGACAGCCACCAAGACCACAGGGCCCCUACACCACCCAGCUGGUUUCUGGCUCUGUCCCCCGACGUGGAUCGAGCCCCAUCGCUACAGUCAGACAGGCUUCCACCCAGGCGCCACGCAUCGUAACCUCCACACAAAAGACAAAUGACAUUGGAACCCAGACUGUAGGAGGGCGCACUGACAUUGCCAAUGUGGCCAGAAGCAGCCAGUACAAGUAUGCGUCAGCAGUGAGGAACCCUCAGCAGGUUGUUACUGUGCCUGCACCCAUGCCUAGACUACAGGUUGUUGCUGCGCCGGUGAUGGAGCCACCAGUACACAUUCAAGGCCCAGAGCCGCUUACCGCCUCAGUGCUAGCUGCAGCCCCACCAAUGGAUCAGAAGCAGCUCCUUGGGGAGCGACUGUACCCACUGAUUCACGCUCUGCAUCCAAACCUGGCUGGUAAAAUCACUGGGAUGUUGCUGGAGAUCGACAACUCAGAGCUGCUGCAUAUGCUGGAGUCGCCCGAGUCCCUGCACGCUAAGGUGGAUGAGGCGAUUGCAGUCUUGCAGGCUCACCAGGCGAAGGAACAUUCUCCUAAGCAGUGAAGAGGCCUUAAAGAUAUCAACAAUUCUCUGGAGGAGGGGAAAUUAUAAAAUGAGCACACUUUGGGGAAAAGGAAGGAAAAAGUUCUAUGAAGAUUAAACCAAUGAUGUGAAGAGACAGA